UGCAAGUGAUGCAGUUGAUGUGCAACAAUACUCAGAUAUGCUGCAAAAUAUUCAACACAUUUUCAGACUACCAGCAAAACUCGCUUAACUUUAAGCUUUGAACAUGGCUGUCUCUAGUGGACAAAUCCCUGUUAUCGACAUUUCAGGGACAAAGUCAGAUGCUGAUGUUGCUGAUGAACUGGUCCAAGCUGCCUCCACUUAUGGUUUUGUGUAUGUGAAGAAUGAGGGAAAGGAUAUCCCAGUGAAGGAAAUAGAUCAUAUUUUUGAUGUGGUGAGUUGGUUGGAAGAAGAUGAUAUGUGAAUGAACUGUUUUCUGACAAGGUGCUAGUCACGAAAGUUCUUCUCUUCACCAGAAGAGGAGAAAGCACAAUGCAAGAUUGGGGAAAAUGUAAGGAUUCUUGAAUAAAUAUGCUACAAAAUCUAUCUACGCAACAAGUAACAAUUCAAAGAAUAGAGGUUGGUCUGGUAUGCAUACAGAAACCCUAGAUGCCAAGAACCAGAAAGUAUGUCAACCCUUUAUGACUUAUAGUAUUGUCGCUUGCAUAAGCUAAUCUCAUAUUCAGCGUGGAGAUUUCAAAGAGUAUGUUACUUACAAUAGAGAGCUCAACUCAUCACUAACUCUCAUAGAGCAAUGAACUUUGGAGAAUUCGUUGAUGGGAAAGCCCAACAGCCUCUCCCACCAUCUCUCAUCAAUCAUGAAGCAGAUCUAAACAAGUUCCACAAUUCCUGCCAUGACGUGAUGCAAAAGAUCCUAAGAUUAUUCUCCAUAGGCCUCAAAGUAGGUACCCUCCUCAAGUAUCCUCCUCACACAUGACCUGAUCUACUUGGCUAAAACUCUCAGAUUGACCAAGAAGCCGGAGGUUCAGACUGGAUACCCUCCCGCCAUCGAGACGGACCAAGUGGCUGUACCCUCCGCCUCCUCCACUACCCCUCCAUCCCAUCAGACAGUGACUACGAUCCCACCGUCGACAUCCGCGCAGGCGCUCACUCCGACUACGGCUCCAUCACCCUCCUCUUCCAAAGACCAGGGCAACCAGGUCUCGAGAUCAUCCCCCCCGAAACCCGCAGCGAAGAACGCAACUUCGGUCCCACAGCAGCCUGGACACCCGUUCCCGUCUCACCCCAAGGAACCGAAAACGACCCCAGUCCUCCCAUCCUCGUGAACAUUGGCGAUCUACUCUCGCACUGGACGAACAACCUGUUGAAGAGUACCGUCCACCGAGUUGUGUUCCCGAAAGAUGGGAGGCAGGAUGGCGAGGAUCGGUAUAGUAUUGCGUAUUUUGGUCAUCCGGUGGGAAGUACGGUUUUGGAACCUAUUCCUAGUGAGAUGGUGAGGAAGCUGCAGGGUGCGGGUGGGACGGGGGUUAAGGCUAUGACUGCGGAUGAGCAUUUGAUGAGUAGGCUGAAGGCUACGUAUUUGGGUAUGUAUAAGGAUGGUGGUGGGGAGAAGGAUGAGAAAAUUACUUCUCCUUAG